AGAAUACGAAAGAACGCAGGUGUUUCGUUUAGCUGAAAAGUAGGAGGGGUGAUCGAUGGAUAUACAUACCUAUGUUUCUUCGGCUGUUUUCAUUCAUGUUCUGUUCCAUCCUCCGCCGAUACUGAAAACAACGAACACCAAUUUCUCUGCCUCGUACUUUCGCGCGAUCCCUUCGUAUUCGCCAGUUUAUACGUUAGUUUGUGCAUACGAAAGAAGUGAGUAAAAAAUGAUGGAUCGUCGCGUUGCAAUCGGUCUUUUUAUUCGAUGAAGAGGACAGGUUGUGAAAGCAGUGCGAAGAAUCAUGAAUGAGUUCCUCUUUGGAAUUGGGGUGCAAGAUAAAAUGGAGCAUCGUUGGGCGUAGUUGCGAUUGAAAUGAUAAGAUAAAUUGCCGGUGACUGACUGGUUGAGUUGUAUUCCUUAAUUGAUCUUGUAUUCCCAUUUAUGAAACGCAAUAUAUUGUACGGUGGAUCAUUGUAUGUAAAGUUCAGCGUGUACGUAAUGAAACUUGCAGUCUUCUUCGACGGCUGUAUGUCACGUGAAACGUGCCAGGACAUCGUUGAAGAAAGCUCGAGUCCAAGGCUUUCGGCAACCGCAGUGAUAUCAAUACGAAGAACGCAGAGAAAGUUUGUUGAAAUAAAUCUUCGGCCACGAUAAAUCUCGAAAGAAAGAAAGCUUCGACGAAACAGAACGGAGAUUUUUCAGAGAUCCUUCGGGCCGCUCGCCGCGCCAUGCGAAUCGAGACGAAGUAUCUGUCGUUAAUCUUCAUCCUGUUGCCAGCAGUCGCUGGUUCUUUCGUGGACUUCAUGCGAAGUGUGUUUGAGUUGGGAAGGGACGACGUCGACAAAGGUGGAAUUACAUAUCCUGCGAUAUAUGGCGGUAGCAUAAGGAAUCAACCUCGCGUUCCCGAUUACGUUCCAUUUCCAUGCGACGUGCAAUUUGGAAGGUCACCAACUGCGCCUGACAACGUGCAUCGUUUGCGGCCCGGUGACAUAGAUGUAGUCGGCGGUCUGGGCGACUCAUUGGUCGCAGGAAGUGGAGCUCUGGAGGAGUUUGCAAUAGGAACAUUUAUAGAAGCACGUGGAGUUAGUUGGUGUGUGGGUGGUCAAGGUGAUUGGAGACGAUUCUUAACCGUCCCUAAUUUGUUAAAGAUAUUCAAUCCGAAUUUGAUCGGAUAUUCAACGGGCACCGGCGAAUUCACCUCGGCGAGAGCGAAGCUGAACAUCGCGUUCCCUGUCGCUGCUACGGAAGACGCGUUGCAACAGGCGCGGAUUCUCGUUCAGAGGAUCAAAAGGGAUCCAAAAAUAAAUGUGAAGAAACAGUGGAAGUUGAUCACGAUCUUUUUCGGCGCGAAUGACAUUUGUUCCGCAGAAUGUUUCAAUCACGCGCAAUUCUCGCCGCUUCGUUAUGCUCUUCAUCUGCGAAGGACGUUGGACUUCUUGAAAACUGUUCUACCUCGUACGUUAGUCAAUGUUGUACCAGUCAUAGACGUUACAGUUUCUAUUAGGAUACCACGGAGUACCAUGUGCCAUAUAUUGCACCCACUUUAUUGUGCUUGCAUGCACAGAGGCAAUCGGCCGGACAUUGCCGCUUCAAAAAUGUCGCAUCUGUAUCAGCAAGCUGUCGAAGCUUUAAUAUACUCAGGAAGGUACGACAAAUCUCCAGAUUUCACAGUGGUGUUGCAACCAUUUAUUAAAUUAUUUAACGCUCCGAACGCAGACCCAAGGAGAGCACCACCGAUUGACCCCAGUCUAGUGACGUACGACUGCUUUCACUUCAGCCAAAAGGGACACGCAUUAGGGGCGAAUUUGCUGUGGAACAACAUGCUGGAACCAGUGGGGAAUAAAACGGAGCAGGGGCUACCAGAGAUAUUCGAGAGGCUUUUGUGCCCAAAUGAGAACGCGCCGUACAUUUUCACAAACGUGAACUCCAGACAUUUUCGAACGACAGGGCGCCAAGACGGGAUCAUACCCAGAUAACAAAUGGAUAAUGAUAGCAAUGCUUUCACUUGUGAUAACUGACACGUUACAAAUGGAUGCUGAUAGCAAUGCUUUCACUUGUGAUAACUGACACGUUACAAAUGGAUAUUCGCGUGAAAUCGCGAAAAAUACUUUGGGAUCCCUGUUGUUUGAAUUAAUCAAUCAAACAAUGUGAAUGAAUAAUUCAUUGUUUUUUUCUUUAACCAACCGAGAGAAAUUAUAAUAAUAUAAAUUAUAA